UGGAGCCGCUCACAUCAUCUUGCAGCCCAUCGCCGCAAUUCGAUCCCUUUCGCACCAAAUCAUCGUCGAAGUCCACUCAGCGCGUGACAAUCUUCUUCAUUUGAAGACUGUAACGAUAACACACUCGACGUGGGCGCAUUCGGAGCCCGCCGACUCUUGUAGGAUUCCGCCGAUGACAACUCUUGUUAGCAGAUGAUGCUGCUGAAGCUGCACUUUCACCACCGCAAUUUGCCUGCCUUUCCUUCUCUAUCGACUGCGAACCCACAUUUUGCAACUCACCCAGGAGCUUCUCUCUUGCGCGAGCCAUGGUUUUGUUUCCACUUGCCGCAGUGAGAGCUCCCGUGGGAGGAUAUCCAGGUCGCAGGCCGCUAGGGGUUGGAUUGAUGGUGGUGAGUGUAGUUUUGGAGGAGUAGGAGGGGGAGAAGGACGAGUUGUUUUGGAUUUGGUGACGAUGACGGCGUCGUCGGCUUGGGGCGUGCAGCUACCCUCGGACGGCAGAGGAGUGGUGACGGUGGCACUGAGAGGGCAGGACUGUAACCCUGCGUCGUGUAGCGGGAGGAAGGAUGGCUGGGUGGAGGGUGCAGGAGGGUCGACGAGGGCAACCCAGCGGAGGAUUGCGUCUGGGCGGGUUAAGCUAUCAUCAGCGUGGCUUAGGUCUGUCUCACUCGUGUCACUGUCUGUCUUCCCUACGAAGAGGGCGGUAUGCAAUCGAAAUUUGAAAGUGUGUAAUGUUUUAGUGACUAAGAGCUGGCUGGGUAGCAAGAAUGAUGUUUCUCGCGCAGCGGCUGAUGAAGCCAUGGCGUUAGCAUUGGCAGCUGUGAGGGCUGCAAGGGAUGCAGCCUCGUAUGCAGAUGCGAUGGUUGUGGAAAACGAAGAGGCUCCGUCGGAGUUGGAUAAGCUGAGUCUAGAGAGGGCCAGGUUGAAUGAUAUGGAGCAUUCAUUUCGGGUUGGCUAUGCUGCAGAGGAUGUAAUGCCGGAGGCAGAGCCAAGCUAUGUUCAGAAGUUAGAGUCGCUAAUGGAAGGAGCAUCUACUCUUGACAGGGAAGCUGAGGGUGCAGCAUCACCAAGAGCAGAUGCAGAAUUUCGAAAUUCAGAAACUGCAGACGGAUUGCCUCAAACAAUGGAUUUUAAUGUCGCGGUGAAAUCGAAGCGUAAAAAGGAGAGGAUGAGAAAGCGGGAACGAGCAUUGGAAAAGGCGGAGAAGACUGCAUCUGCGCUUGCAUCCGCACCUCCUGUGCCAAAGCCGAAGAAAUUACAGAUCAUGCGAACUCCUUCUGAUCCGAUUCGUUCAUACUUACGAGAUAUCAAAAGAACUAAGUUGCUUUCAGCAUCUGAGGAAGUUGCUUUAUCUAGAAAGAUUCAGGAUAUUCUGAAACUGGAGAAGAUCAGAGCUGAACUUCAGCGAGACAUAGGAAGGGAGCCAACCUUGAGUGAAUGGAGUCAGGCCGUAUCGCUGGAUCAGACUUCACUUGAAUUGCGAGUCAAGGAGGGCCGAUCUGCAAAGGAUAAGCUAGUGAAUUCGAAUCUGCGAUUGGUUGUCUCUAUUGUCAAAAAUUAUCAAGGCCGGGGCAUGACCCUCCCAGAUUUAAUUCAGGAAGGGAGCUUGGGUUUGAUAAGGGGAGCCGAAAAAUUUGACCCGGAAAUGGGGUAUAAGUUCAGUACUUAUGCAACUUGGUGGAUUAGGCAGGCUGUGACACGAGCUAUUGCUGAUCAGUCCAGGAUCAUUCGUUUGCCAGUCCAUAUUUACGAAGUCAUAUCGCGCAUAAACAAAGCGAAGAUGACGAUAUCGCAGGAGCUGGGGCGUCAGCCACGUGACGAAGAAGUUGCUGCAAUGGUUGGUAUGAGUGUGGAAAAAUUGCUGUUCAUAGUAAAGUCCGCUAGGCCUCCAACUUCGAUGGAUCGACCCAUUGGCAAAGACGGAGAGCAGUCGUUAGGGGAAAUGGUUGCUGACAAAGGCGUCGGAUCACCGGAGGAUGAUAUCAUGACUCAAGUGCUAAAGCAAGACAUUGAGGACGUUCUGCGUUCUCUGAACCCGAUGGAGAGGGAGGUUCUUAGGUUGCGCUUUGGAUUAAGUGGUGCUCAGUCGAUGACAUUGAAAGAUCUAGGCAUCAUUUUUAAAGUAACUCGGGAAAGAAUACGGCAAAUUGAGGCUAAAGCACUGCGCAAGCUGAGACAUCCAUCUUGGAAAACACUGUUACAAGACCACGUGAAAGACUUCCUAUGAUUUGGUAGUUGCGUAAGUAGAUACAAAAACUUGUCAGAAACAAAUAAUCUCAUUGAUAAAUGUAUAUCUUUUCUGAAUUAAGGUGGCACUUUGAUCACCUGUGGUGGUACCCAAUUCUAUUAAAAGGUGAUAUUACGUUUGACGAGUG